AUGAAGUUUGCCCUGCUUACCACCGUUUUCACGGCGCUUUGCGCCCCGAGCAUUCUCGCUGUGCCCUUGGAGGCUCGUAAUACCACGAGUAUCGCCCCGAAUACAAACCGAAGCACUACUCGUGUGACCGAUGUGGACGUCCUUCAGUUUGCUCUCACGCUUGAGCAUCUUGAAAGCGUUUUCUAUAGGCAGGGUCUAUCCCGCUUCACUCGGGCUGAUUUCAUCCGCGCCGGUUUCCCUGCCAGCUUUUUUAAUCAGUUGCAGUUUGUUGCGAGGGAUGAAGCGUCCCACGUGGUGUUCCUGCAGAGGGCACUCACUGGCCUUGGCGUCCGACCAGUUUCGGCAUGUCGCUACAACUUCCCAUUCACAGAUGUCCGCUCCUUCGUUGGCCUUGCGUCUGUUCUUGAGGGCAUCGGUGUCUCCGCUUACCUUGGUGGAGCGCCUCUGAUCUCCAACAAGGGUUUCCUCGGUGCUGCUGGUGCUAUCCUUGCUGCCGAAGGAGUGCACCAAUCCCUUUUCCGCAACUCCUUGAACCUGAUUGCAUCCGCAAACAUUGCUGGCACCGCCAUUAAUCCCAACGCCAUCUUCAGUCUUGCUAGUGCUUUUAUCGUCUCUUGCCCUCGUGGAAAUCCUGCUCUUCCGUUCACUGCAUUCCCCUCGUUGAGCCCAAGAGGUGGUAGCCUCUUCGGUGUUAACACUCUCUCAAGAUUCGUCAUCGGCCGUGGCAUUGUCAUUCCGCCUGUCUUCUUCAUCACUUUCGUCAGUGGCUUCGAUAUCAUCAGUAUUCCCGGAGUUUUCUCUGGCGGUUUCUACUCUGGACGUAUCCCACGACAAAUUUCCGGGCAAUCAUUCGUCUUCCUCACCAGAACCGCGGCUAGAGGAACCCUUGUGGAGAGUACCAUCCUUGCUGGUCCAGCUAUUAUCGAAGUCAACCCUACAAUUCCCAACCUCAAUCUGCUCAUCUAA